UUUUACGGAUCAAUUCUCUUUGCCAUAGAGAUCACCAUUUUAUAUACCACAUAAAGAGGUAGUCUUCCAUUCAUCACAUCCGCUAUAUGUGGGAUGGUAUAAUCUAAGUUGAGUUUUAUGCAAUCAACUGGGCAAAUUUUUAUACUCGUGCUGUUUAGAGACCGAAAUUAAUGUCCAGAGUAUAGAAAUUUGAUUUGUUGGGUCCGAAUUUACUUACAAACAACUACUUUUUCUUUUUGCCAGCUAGUCCAAAUUUCAUGGUAGUUGAAAAUGAGGAGUCCGAUGACGUUUCUUCGCGGCUUCUUUUAUUUGCAUAGUCUGGUUUGUCGAGAUUUGAUUCAGUUAUGUCCACGGUAUUUGGUUGUGAUUUAUUAUAUUCAAAAUUGCUUGUGCAGAGGAUGUUUCAUCAGGUGUGGUGCUGCAGACGGAAGAAGUUGAUAUGUCCGGAGCCUGGAUGUUGUGCACCAUCACUCUCACAUACGGGUUACUUUUUAAUGGAGGAUGAAAAGGAGUGUGCCUAUCGUCGACGUUUGUUUCAAUCUCGACGAAUGCCUUGUUGGUUUGGGCAGCGAUCAUCGGAGUUUGAGGAGGAUGAGAACUCAUGUACUUCCGACACGAGGUUGCCACAAUGAUUAUCACCAAAAACAACGAUCUACCAAUCCUGAUGGAACAAAAAAGAAAAGAGAAAUCGCUGGUAAUACAAGCCUUACAGUGCAGGACUUUUUCCCUGUUUGUUUGGAAACCGAGCUAACAGAAGACGAAUCUUAUUCAGGAAAGUCAUUUGUCGGCGCUAUCAAUUUUGUCAUAUUUCAUAGUUCUUGGUAUGAAUCGGUCAACAACACAAUUUGCGAAGGGGGGAACGACACUGUAGAAUGUUGGAUGACAAAUCUGGCAACGUUUAUUGACGGAAAUUCUCCUGCCUUCCGCGCAGCUCAAGAUUGCGUCAUCGAUUACUACGAAGUCUAUUACGGAGUAUCUCUUAAUAUCACAGAAUAUCCAAGUGGCACUCCAUACAAUGAAUCUGACAGCUGCGCUGAUGUGGAUGUAAACGAGUUUGAAACGGAGUUUAUAAGUGAUCUCAAUAUAACUGCUUUGGAAUAUGAAGACCUAACGGCUACCGAUAUCGACGAUCUUCUACAAUUUAUCCAGUAUGACAUGAUUUGCCCAGAUUGCACCUGUGACGACCUGGAUAACAACGACGAAUAUUUUGAAACUCUGGAUUUUGAAGACGGUACUUCAUGCGGUGAUUGUUGGUCAUCGAGGUUCGCUACCGGCAUUCGACAUGACUCUAUUCUCCAGAAACCUGCAUCUAAACUUGCAGCAAAAAAAUUGGGCCUGAAGCCAUCAAACAUAUGUCCUCCGAAGGAUAUUGACUUUUCCUCAGAAAACAUUGUUACAAAUAUACUUGGAAUAAACGUCACAUGCGGAAUACAGAAUACUACAAUAAGCUUAGAAUCUUGCGGUUUAGCUGAUCUUGGAUAUGUAGUGGCUCAAGAAAUUUUUAUUAACGACCCCACGAAGGACACAGAUCCAGAAAUUGUGCCACCGGAGUGUUUUCCAAAACUUAAAAAUAGAAAUGGGAAGAAUGACAAAAUUGCCGUUUUCACUUUUCCAAAGCAUGAAUGCUGGGCACACGAGGACUACAAUGAAACGCACGUGACAUACACAUAUGCUAUAAGAAAUAUGGAAGCGGAAGAUUUAUAUUCAGUAUCAAUAAUAGACCGGCACGUUGAACUUGAUAUCAAUAUUUCUUGUUCACAUCCAAAUGGAAUUAUUUCACUUCCAUUCCCUGUGGAAACAUUGACAAGAACAGCAUCAUUUCAAUUAUCUGAGCACUCGCAACCAGUCCAAGUAAAAAUGGAAGCGUACAAGGAUUCUCAUUUUCAUAUACCUUACAGUGCCGAAAAUGCAACCGUUGAGAUACCCGAUAAUAUUUGGAUUAGGUUUUCCCACGACGGCGACGAUUCUAUUUUUAUUGAGGUUUUUGACUGUUGGAUAACUCCGACAGCAAAUAUUGGGGACGAAUACGCGUAUUUUGUCGUAUACGGAGGGUGCCCAGAAAAAGAGAACAACGGUACCGGGACGAGGGACGCCGCGCUACAGCUGCGUACUUGUGUCAAUACAACCGCGAGCUUCGGCUUCGCUUCUUUUAAAUGGAGUGGGUUAAAUCCAGAUAUUUAUACGGAUGAUAACUCACUUCAUCUUCAUUGUGAAAUUAUUCUUCAUCGAUGGGAUAAUUUACCUUGUUAUAAUAAGUCUUGUUCUCCACCACCUACUUCUCGAAAACGAAGACGAGAGGUUGAGAGAUCAGCCGUUGAUUUGCAAAUGGGUCCGAUUAUAUCGACUCUCAAUAACUGCCCCAAUAACGAAUGCAACUGUACCCAAAGAUGUUUCGGCUGUGAUGAUUACGGCAACUCAAACUGCGGUUGUUUAAAUAAUUACUUCUUAAUGGACGACGGAAGAACGUGCGCGCUACUGGAUGAUAGUUGGUCACACGAAAGAGCUCACGGAUAGCAUUUAUCAUUUCUCCAAAUAAUGCAAUUCUCACCAGAACUGUGCACCAAUCAAAUACAGAACGGUUAUGAUGAGGGAACAAUCGAACAUGUUAAUGACAGAUUUCUAACGGAGAAAGUCACCCUGCACUCUGUGACGAAGAGACUGGCAUUACGACUAUUUCCCUUAUUUUUUGUAUCAUAAACCUCGCGUUAUUCUGAUAAUCACCAGAACAUAUUUUCUUCAGUGCCCCUUCCCCCAUGGACAUUAUCGAGUAUAAGAACAAGUCAUUCCUUCGCCGCCUCACCUAUUUUUCUACUAGUAUUGAAAUUUGAUUAAAAUAAAAUAUUUAUAAACUAUGAACUAAAUGAUUAAAUGCACUUAUAUGAGAUGAGUCAUUCCUGAUGAGCAGGAAACCGAUAAAACGACUUUGCCGUAAGAUCAACCACGCCUCAUUACUAGUUCAAAUCGGGUUUGGGAAUAGUCAACCAGUUAUUUGUUCAGUUCCAUGGACUUGGUGCUUGGUUAAAUACUCAGUGAUAUUUGCAAUUAAGCAACAGUGUUUUAUCUCACAUUCGUCACCUGCAAAUAUGAUUACUUUUAUGUUUAUUACUUUCUAAUUAUGGUUUGCAAUUUCAGGGUAAACAGCACGUGACCACCUUUCGUAUGUCUCCAAAAUUUGAUUUAUUUUAUCUGAAAAUAUAUAGAAACAGCAAAAAGCAAGACUUCCUCAAUGAAGUAUGUUUAAUUAAAACUAAUAAAAUAAAAAUGAAAGCAA